AUGUUAAACAAGAGAACAUGUUCGUGCAGCAUUGAUUUCUUCGGACCAACCUGUAGUAAUAUUAAAUCAGAAGGGCCAGUAAUUGAGGAUAUUGAGGGAGGAGGGUUCUGUGAUCAGAGCUAUGGCAGAGACUGUAGCUGUUCCGCUGUUCAGUUGGAGGCUUUACACGAAUUCUUCUUCUGCAAAAGAGUUAUGAUACAGAAAACAGUAAGCGGGGAGUCACGUGUGGUAGGAACAGAAUUAGUACCCGGCUGGUACCGGAAUAUGUAUAAUGGCGAAUGUUGCUUUGAAGAUGACAGAAGAAAACGUUCCACUGACUCUGAAACCGACGUGUUACAUUACAAGCAUGAAAUCUCUAUCAGUAAUGAUGGACAAACUUACGGACCUAUUGCAACUCUGUACGUCUUUGAUUCCUUAUGUGUAGAGGUGGUCACAGACGAUGGCGGAAAUGCAAGUUUUUAUCUUAAAGAAAAUACUUGUAUAAUUGAGGGAACAUGUUACGAAGCACAAGCUGUUGACUUUAGCAAUUAUUGUUUCCGCUGUAUGCCAGAUAUAACACAAUACAACUGGACAGAAGGUUGUAUUAAAGACAAAGAUGAAAGUCAAAGUUCUACUUUUAUCGUUGGUAUAAUAAUUGGAAUUGUUGUUGGGGUUGUUGCAGUAGCGGUAGCUGUUUAUUUCAAACACAUGAAGAAGCCGGACAGAACUGUGCGCCCUUUCCAGGAGUUUUCAGACGCAGCGGCAAUGUCAAGGCCGUCGUCAAGCAGGCCAUUAUUUGAUCGAACACAGCUUGAAUAAUAUUCAUUCUGACUUUUCUGCAAAGAGAUUUUACGGUUGAAACAGCAUGUAACAUGUAGAUCCUGUAACUCUUUUUUAUGGUUUUUAUAUCAUAAAUAUGAUGCUCAAAUGAAGAUUUAUCAAUAUUGUAAGUUCAAAAAAGCAUCAUUUGUAAAGAUAUUACCGAAUUUACAUUUCAUUUAAAUAACGGGAGGUAAUUAGAAAUUUAUUUUUGAUAAAGAUUAAGCCAAUUUUUUUCAAUAAGAAAUGAAUGCAUAAAGAUUACUUUCAAAGAUUAUUUAUAAUGCGUAUAAUAAUGCGUGUAACAUUUGCAGUACAUAUUUAACAUAUUCUUGGAUGUUUGGACAUUGUUUUAGAAGAAUAACUAUAUACAUAUAUAAAACUUCACUAAGGUACUGUUACAUCCUUCAUUACAACAUACAAGAUCUUUAACUG